AUGCUGUCCUUCGCCGGUCUCGCGGCCACCGUGGCGGCAGCUAGCGUUUACCUCUACGUGCUCUCCACUCACCUCCCGCCGGCGGCUGAAUACCUGCAGCCGGCCUCGCCUGGGGAGCCAGAGCCUGAGCCCCAUUAUUACAAACUUAAGUUCCCAUCGGAUCUCGAUGAACUUCGGGAGCUUGCCGAAAUGCUCAAGUUCUACAAACAGGAGCACCAUGGCUACGUUCUGCUGCUUUUUUGCAGCGCUUACCUCUACAAGCAGUCCUUUGCCAUUCCUGGUUCCUCCUUCCUGAACAUGUUAGCCGGCGCCAUUUUCGGACCUUGGGAGGGCCUGGUUCUUGCGUGCCUUCUGACCACCACCGGCUCCACAUUCUGCUACCUGCUGUCGUCCGCCUUUGGGAAGCAGCACGUGGUCCGCAUCUUCCCGGACAAAGUGGCGCUACUACAAAGCAAGGUAGAAGAAAACCGUAGCAGCUUAUUCUUUUUCCUCCUUUUCCUGCGCUUCUUUCCCAUGACCCCUAACUGGUUCCUUAACAUCACCUGUCCUGUCCUCAACAUCCCCAUGCCCAUCUUCUUCUUCUCAGUCUUCAUCGGUUUGAUACCUUACAACUUCAUCUGCGUGCGCACGGGCGCCAUCCUUUCCGAGAUCCACUCACUGGAUGACAUCUUCUCAUGGGCCACACUGGCCCAGCUGCUGGCUAUCGCGCUUGUGGCGCUGGUGCCGGGCGCGCUCAUCAAGCGUUACGGUCAAACUCACCUCAAGGUGGAGGGAAUGGACGCCACGCAGGACACCGAUUGGAAGAGGCGAUGA